AUGUCUGACUAUCGCAUGCGCGCUUCAUUCUCUCCUAGCGGCACGGGGAUCCAUCGCACGCCGUCUCCCAACCCCCCCGAGCACCAGCGGUCGCCGCGGAAUCCCAUGGGCAACCCGAUGCGCUACUCGCAUGGCAAGAUGGGCCUCCCCAACGACGGGAUCAUGCGUAUUCCGCAGCCUGCGCAGGUUACCCCGGACGCUGGGCGUCUGAGCAAUGCGCAGGUCCAAAAUUUGGCGAGCCGCAACCUCCGCCCCAGCAGCGAGAUGCUGCCCAUGGGCCAGCAAGGCACGCCCGAGACGGAGGUCAUUGACAAGUGGUUCGAGGACUUGCAAAACUACGAGGCGACGCUCGAGGAAAUGGCUGCCGCCUCCCUCGACCAAAACUUUAAGGAGGAGCUGAGCGCUAUCGAGCAGUGGUUCCGCGUGCUGUCGGAGGCGGAGCGCACCGCAGCGCUCUACAGCCUGCUGCAAGAGUCGACGCAGGUGCAAAUCCGCUUCUUUAUCACCGUCCUCCAGCAAAUGGCCCGGAACGACCCGGUGGGCGCGUUCCUCUCGCCCAACACCGCCAACAGCUCGGUGGGCGAGCAGCUGGAGUCCAAGAUGGCGUCGCUCGGUAUCAAGACGCCUACGUCGGUCGCCGCAUCGCCGAGCACGCGCGGUUUCCAGCGCCAGAGCACGGGCUUCCUCUCGCCGAACUCGGCGUCGCUCUACGGGUCGAGCCCGGACGUCUCGGCGGCGCUCGCGGCGCAGCGCAGCAAAAUGAAGAACAACCGCACCUCGGCGCCGGGCACGCUCCCGAUGGACUCGAUGAGCUACACCGGUGGCAACCUCGACCACGUCCAGGAGAAGCCCAGCGGCCAGCAACGCGAACGCCCGCGCUCGACCGAGCACAGCACCCUCGCCCGUUCGCCACGCGGCGGUCCGAUUGACGACGCGCUGUCCCCGAUGGGCGUCGGUGGCGGGAGCUGGGCGAGCAUGGUCAACACCCCGAUCAUGUCGAUGCUCGAUGAGAACCAGGCGCAGACCGGCGAUACCAGCGCCAAGCUCGACGCGCAGCACGAGGGCGACACCAGCCGCGCGCGCCGCAGCAGCGCGAGCCAGUCCAACGUGCAAGGCGUGCUGAGCUCCAUGUACGACCAAGGCAGCCAGAGCUGGCAUAACCAGGCCGGCGGCCUGCCCAACAGCCCCCCCAACGUGGGCAGCCCCCAAUUUAACAACUUCUCCGUUCCGACCAUGAGCCCCAACACCCUCGCCGGGCUGCAGAGCCCGUCGGGUGGCAUGUCCAACCCCGCGAACCUGCAAAUGAUGAAUACGAUGGCCGCCAUUGGCGGACUGAACAACAUGAACUCGUCCCAACUGCUGGCCCUCCAGCAGCAGAUCCUGCAGCAGCAGCAAAACCUGUCAGGAUUCCAGCAGUCGGCACGCAUGGGCCGCGGCGGAUCGCGUGCGGGCGUGCCACCGAUGCUCAACAACCCCGCGCAAACGCCGUCGCGCAGCACCGGCAGCAACACGCUCCCGCGGCACCCCGUCGGCUCGCCCGUGACCGCCACGCCACAGGGCGAGGAGGAGGUCGCAGACAUCUCGGUGCUCAACGAUGUGCCCGCAUGGCUGCGCCAUCUCCGCCUGCACAAGUACACGCCGAACUUUGAAGGAAGCAACUGGCGCGAGAUGGUCCAGAUGAACGAGCAGGCGCUGAUUGACAAGGGCGUCGCCGCGCUCGGCGCCCGCCGGAAAAUGCUCAAGACGUUCGAGGCAGUGCGCCAAAAGUACAACAUCCCCGCACCUGCCGGAACCGAGACAUCGCUCGGCUCCCGCUCGGAUGCCAGCGAAGCCGAAUCGGAACACGACUCGUAG